AGUUACUCUAUUUGUAUCCACCAUAUUUCUCUCUCUAAAUACACUUGAAAUCCAUAAUCAUUUUCAAUUUCUUCGUAUAUACAUAUAUACAUACACGUUGAUUGAGUGAAUACUGAAUUUCACAGCAAAAAAAAAAAAAAAAAAAAAAACUAUUUCUCUCUGCACAUUAAACGAGGAGAAAUUUUGAAGAGGGCAAUUAAUGGCUUCUAGAGCGAUUCUACGGAGGAGGAGGCUUCUUUCUGACUAUUUGAAUGUCUCUGCUCGGUCAAUUCAAAAUCUUCAAAGUUGGGGGUAUGGGCAAUCUGCUCAUUAUUUGGACUCCCGCGGUUUCAGCUCAACUAUGAAUUGUAUUUGUCAAGGUUCAGAUAAAAGAAAGGAUCACGAUGAAGUUUCUCCAGCAAAAGAUGGAUAUUCGAGAUUUUCUGGUUUAGGAUUGUUCCAGCCAAAAUAUUAUAAUACUACAGCAUUUGGCUAUGUAAAUAGGAAAGCUGAUGUUAUUUCUUCGAUUGGCGUGAGAUUGUCGCCGUACUCUGUACGUUUUGCUUCUACAGCAACAGCAAAACAACCUGCUAUGGAAAGUGAUGACGAAGAAGACUUGAUUGCCAAAAAGAAAAGUGAAGCUUCUCCCGAGGAAUGUGAUCAGGCUGUUGUAGGAUUAAGUACUGCAAAGGCCAAAGCAAAAGCGAAACGGCCGCAAGAAUCUCAGAAGGUUGCUAAAUCUGUUAUUCAGAGAAUAUGGGCAACACUUUUGGGGAUUGGUCCCGCUUUGAGAGCGGUGGCCGCAAUGAGUAGGGAAGAUUGGGCAAAAAAACUUGCUCACUGGAAGCAUGAGUUUAUAUCUACUAUGCAACAUUACUGGCUAGGUUUUAAGCUCCUGUGGGCUGAUAUGAGGAUCAGUUCAAGACUGCUGAUAAAACUAGCUGGUGGAAAGAGUCUUUCUAGACGAGAGAGGCAACAGCUCACACGGACUACUGCCGAUAUGUUCAGGCUGGUUCCAUUUGCUGUUUUCAUCAUUGUCCCAUUCAUGGAAUUCUUACUGCCUGUAUUCUUGAAGCUGUUUCCAAACAUGUUGCCAUCUACUUUUCAAGACAAAAUGAAAGAACAGGAAGCACUAAAGAGGAGGUUGAUUGCGAGGAUAGAAUAUGCAAAAUUUCUUCAAGACACCGUGAAGGAGAUGGCUAAAGAAGUCCAAAACUCUCGAAGUGGAGAACUAAAGAAAACAGCUGAAGAUCUUGAUGAAUUUCUGAGCAAGGUUAGAAGAGGGGCAGGAGUCACAAAUGAGGAAAUUUUAGGCUUUGCCAAGCUGUUCAAUGAUGAACUUACCCUAGAUAAUAUAAGCAGGCCUCGAUUAGUAAGUAUGUGCAAGUAUAUGGGGAUCAGUCCUUAUGGAACAGAUGCUUAUUUGCGUUUUAUGCUUCGGAAGAGAUUGCAAAGGAUCAAAGAAGAUGACAAAUUGAUUCAAGCUGAAGGUGUGGAGUCUCUUUCAGAGGCUGAACUUCGUGAAGAUUGUAGAGAGCGAGGCAUGCUUGGUUUACUUUCCGUGGAAGAAAUGCGUCAACAGCUCCGAGAUUGGUUGGAUUUGUCACUUAAUCAUUCAGUGCCUUCUUCACUUCUGAUCCUUUCCAGGUCUUUCACCGUUUCUGGAAGGUUGAAGCCAGAGGAGGCUGUUGGAGCUACACUGUCUUCGCUACCAGAUGAGGUUGUGGACACUGUGGGAAUCACUUCCCUGCCAUCUGAAGAUUCGGUAUCGGAAAGGAGGAGGAAACUGGAUUAUCUUGAAAUGCAGGAGGAGCUUAUCAAGGAAGAAGAAGAGAAAGAGGAAGAAGAGAAAACUAGAAGGAAGGAAUCUGUUUGUAGUCAAGAGGAUGUGGCAUUGAAAGAGAUGACUAUUCCAACUGCUACAGAAGCACAAGAGCAAGCCCGAGCAAGAGCAAUUGACAAACAAGAGCAGCUAUGUAAAAUUAGCCGUGCCUUGGCUGUUCUAGCUUCUGCUUCUUCUGUUAGCCAAGAGCGUGAAGAGUUCCUGAGGCUUGUAAAUAAAGAGAUCAAGCUUUAUCAUAGCAUGGUAGAUGAAGAGGGUGCAGUUGGUGAAGUGGAAGCCAUCAAGGCAUAUAGAGCUGCUCACGAUGAGAAUGAUCAUUCUUCUGAACAUGAUGGGAUUUCAUCGGCACUCAUAGAUAAGGUUGAUUCCAUGCUUCAAAAUCUCGAGAAGGAAAUUGAUGACGUUGAUGCCAAAAUUGGCGAUCAUUGGCGAAUACUUGACAGGGAUUAUGAUGGGAAAGUGACUCCCGAGGAGCUGGCAGCUGCAGCCAUGUACUUGAAGGAUACUCUUGGCAAAGAAGGGGUUCAAGAACUCAUCAGCAACCUUUCCAAAGAUACAGAUGGAAAGAUUUUUGUCGAAGACAUUGUUAAGCUAGGCAGCCGUGUAGAAGAUGCCAGGUCCGAUGAAUAGACGGAGUAAUGCAACAGUUUUGGGGUACUUAGAAAAUAAUAAAACGUACACUUCACUAACGUAGUUCAGUCAUGUAAUUAGGCCUCCAAUUAUAGAAAACCAAAUGUCUUUUAGUUUUCAUUUCUAACAGCAAUUACUUUUACAGCCAUUGGGGUUAGUCCCAUUUGAGAAACUCCCCUAUGUCAUAUGAACCCAGACCCUUGAUAGGAAUAUGGUAAAAGAUACAAGGAAAAUAAAUAGAUAUAUACUGUAAGUAUGUAAAGGGUGUCCUAAAGUUGAGGUUGAAUAUUUUUGACGUGGAUGUAUACUGGAGAUUCGUCCUGUAUCCGAUAUUCUGAUGAGGAAACAUGUUCUUUUUCAGUAGUAUGGGUUUGAAUUAGGAGUUUCUCUUGUUAUCAAAGUGGAGCUUUAUAUUC